AUGGAGCAAGCCAACGCGCUCGAGGUGCCACCCAAUGCGUCGCUCGUCUCGGCACAAGCGGUAUCGCCCUGCGUCGGCACGUUCGAGUGCAUCGUGCGGCCGCCGCUCGCCCCAUCGAGUCUCGUCUGGCUCUUCCACCACGCCACCAGCGGCCUUGGCGUCCUACCGACGGGCCAUGCGCUGCUCCUCUGCAACGAGCGCACGUGGAUGACGACGUCGCCUUGCGCAGUCGCGAACGUUGUGCAGCACUGGAUUGCCGUCUUUUGCGCUGCGGCGCCGGUCCUCUUCUGCGAAGGCGUUGCGCAGCCGCUCGAGCCCACGUCGCUGGGCGAACGCGUCGACCCUAUCUUGCACGAUGGCGAAGUGCGGCUCUGGACCACGACGACGCUCGCCCUCGACGUCCUCCAGCAGUGGUGCCACCGCGAGGUGUCGCCUGACCACCCGAGCUUGGCCCAGCUCGGUGCCUACUGGCGUCUCAAUGACGGCAACAUGCGCAGAGUCCAAUUCGACUUGAGCGGCCGCGGACGCGACUUGGUGCUCGUCGGAUUUGAACCCAUACUGCGCUACGUGCCGUUGCAUCCUCUGCAGCUUGAUGCCCACCCGCAUCUUGAGCUCACGCUGCACAGUGCACCGGUCGACGACUCUUCGGACGGCGUCGACAAUUUCGUGGUGCAGGUAGCACCGCACCGCGAUAGCAGUAGCCGCCGCCUUUUGGCCCACGUCGCCGUGGUCCUGGAUGCGACAGCCACCUGCGCGCAGGAUGCGACACGCUACACGACGGCGCUGACGACGUUUAUCGGAGCGCUUCCUGUCCACACGGACUUGUGUCUUCUCACAACACGUCGCCCGACACCAACCCUGCUUGCGUGGCGGCGCAUGGACCCGCUUGGCCAACGAGAAGCCAUCAAGCACGUGAUCGAUGUGCUACAAAAGCCAGCGCCCGGCGCGCCGUUGCCCUUGGCGCCGGUCGUCGAUGCCUCGCUGCAUUUGCUCGAGCACCCGAGCGCACUGAGCUUUGGCGCACUUCUCAUCCUUUCCGAGCGCCCGGCAGAUGCUGCCGACGAGCUCUAUGAUGUCUACCGCCCACUGCAGAGCUGGUGCAUGCUGCACUUUUUAAGCCUCGCACCACCACCAGCCGCGGUGGCACCGCUGCUUCGCCACGCGCUGCAGUUUGUCGUGUAUGCUGCCGCCAGCACCGACUUGGAGUUCAUCUUGGCCGACGUGGCGCACCGCGUCACGCAUGUGCUCGCCAAGAACGUCACACUGACGAUCACUACCACGGGCGCUGUCCAGGUUGCAUUGGAUCCCAAGCACGACACGACGGUGGCGAGCCACACGGUGACCUCUGACGGACACACAAUGCAGUGGGAUCUCGGGCUCUUCUGUGACUCGGACGUGCUGCUUCUCGGUGGUCAGUGGCAGUGGAGCGAUCGCCUUGCCGACGAGUCGUUCCAUGUGCGCGUCGUGAGCGUGCAAGCAGGCUCACUGCUCCUCUUUCGGUCGUCGCUCGCCUUACCACAUUACCAUGCUCUGCAGCGGUGUCUCCGAGACGAGCCGUCUUGCAAGCUCGUAGGGCGCGUCCGCGCCGAAGCGGCGCAGGCAGCGCGGCUCUACGAGCAACGGCGGACGUACUUGGCCCAUCGGACCGUCACGGACGUGGCCGAGGUCCAAAAGUCAUUUGAGCAACUACGCGCGCAAAAGGAAACAGAGCAGGCGAGCUUGCAAGCAAUGCAUGAUGACGUGACCGCCGUCGAGCAGCGAAAAGACGUUAUGCUCGUGAUCGACGAGACAGUAUCGCUGCUGGCCGCCGCUUUGGCGCCAAAGCCAUCGCCCAAGCGAGGGAGCAGCCACCAAGUUGACAUGGAGGCGAGUGGUCGUUCGUCCAGCCCCCCUGCCCGGAAGAGUUCGACGACUAAGGAGCCCAAGAAUAUCGAGUGGGUUGAGUCCAUUGCACUGCUCACUGCAAAGGGCAACGCGGCCGACGCCGACGCCAAGCUCGACGAGAGUCUUCGCAACUUGCGCCAAGUCGAAGACGAUCUGAAGCGCCGGCCCGUCUUCAUUACCGACGACGAGAUCUGCAGUGUGCUCGGACGCUUCGUGACGCGCCUCCACGAGACGCAAAUGACGCGCCUCCCUGUGUUCACCGAGACACGCACCCAUGUACGGGGCAGCAAGGAUGUCCUCCUCACACGCAUGACGUCGUCGAAAUGGAAGCACAUGGACAGCCAAGCCGACGCCAUUCGCAAUGCACGGCGGGCCCUCGACCCGUCGGCCUUGCGGGCCCUUCAGCCGGCCCUUGAGGACGAGUACGUAGCUUUUCUCCGGUCCCGCCUUGCGUUGGGCCAAGCGCGGUUUGCCGAGCUUCUUAAGGACCGACCCAUACCGAGCGCGCUAAUCCCGUUUGCGACGCUGCUUGUCGCGCCGUGCGAGUCGCGUGGCGUCCGUAACGCCGUCCAAGCGCUCUUGUUUAGCCUCCGAAACGACCGCGACGAGUGUACACUCGUGCCGCUCUGUCCCGUCGUGCAGAGCCACGUCUACCCGAUUUGGUGGGCCGACGAACAGCUCUUGUCCGUUGCGAUCGCACCUGAGACGCCGGAUGCCGACGUGGCUGUGAGCGACGCAGCCCGCCAAUGCUACGCCAAGGCCCACGCCGCGCGCGUGCUUGUCGUCACAUCCAACGCCCUGUGCACGCGGCGCGACGCCGUCGACGAAGUGGUGUCGUAUGUGAGCAGCGGUCGUCCGAUCGUGCACGUCCAGCUGGACGCAUGGUAUCUCGAUGCAGCGAGUGUCCAAGCGCGGUGGCCACAUGUCCCGUACACGGCGUGGGAUGCCAACCGACGGCACUUGCUGCAGCACCUUCCGGCGGCGGCCAACUCGGUUUUUCUGAACACGACCGACUUUGAGUGCGAGCUAUGUGGCGCUAUCGACGAUGUCCGGCAGCUUUUACGCAGCCCAUGUUACCACUGCUCGUUCUUUUUCCAACGCUCGAAAUCGAAUUACGUGGCGUUCGCCAAGCAGGUGGCCGACACCUUGGAGAGCGCGCGCUGCGUCGCCUCCGUCUCGCCGCUUGUGUGGAAAACGGAGGCAACGACGUCGACGCUGCCGCAGCUGCGCCGCUUCUACGCCGAGCGCGCGGUGGGCAGCGCCACGGAGCUGCACGCCGCGGCAUCCCAAGCCCGCACGGACGCCAUAAGCAGCUACUGCACCCAUCUCUGUGAUCGGUUUGGUGCGGACACGGCGGCGUUCGAGGCGGCGCGAGAGCGCGUCACCGCCGCUGGCGUUGCCCGGAACGAGACGGCGACCGAAGUCUUUGUCGAGUACCAUGUGCACACACAUCGUCUCUCGACUCAGAUUGCUGCGAUUUCGGCACGGAUCACAAGUGCGGCACUCCAACUGGCCGGAGUUGCCGGCGAUCUCGAAAGCCGUGUCGUUCACAUGGUAGGCGAUGGUACGUUGGACGACGGCGACGGGUUGCAGCGAUACCGCGUCGGCAUUCCGCACUUGCACCAACUCAUGCCCGUGUACCUCGAGACUGCGAUCGAGGCGUCGAUGGCCGAGACGGUGACAAGUGUGCUAGGCGAAAUUGACGCGAUGGAAGCUGCGUACGUCGCGUCGAUUCCUGUGGAGGCCGAGCAUCUCUACGGCCGCUGUAAUAUUCAGACGUUUGCGCUCUCGUCUGCGAGGAGCCCGAUGCUCGACUUGGAUGCUCUGCAGCGAGCGAUGAACGACAUCGUUGGCUGGGAAACCAGCACCCUCCAGAGCCUUCAGACCCUCUUCCGAGAAGCCCAUGCGCUGCAUGCAGUACACUUGUUCAACUAG